GAUGAUGUUGCUUACUCACAGAUGUAACAAACGAUAUCAACUUUAAAAUCUAGUAUGACGUUUAUUAUACAAGCAGCUGCUUGCAUUCUAUCAAAAUACAGUACCGUUAGUGAUCAACUCGUGCGAGAGACCCGAAUUUCAACGGACCUGUAGAAAGUCCCCAUCGAGCCAUUCGAUUUUUUUUUCCGCGCUCUGUAUUUACGAAGUCCCAAGAGAACACGAUGACGGAUCUAACGGAGUUACAAAUGAACGUGGCCGCUCUGAAGCGAGUGGACCCUUAUGUGAAGGAUAUUCUUGGGACUGCGACGCACGUAGCACUGUACACUUUUAAUGCUGUUAAUAACGAAUGGGAGAAAACCGACAUCGAGGGUGCUUUAUUCGUGUACUCGCGAAAUGGCGAGCCCUACAACAGUGUUCUUAUAAUGAAUAGAUUAAAUACAAAUAACCUAGUGGAACCAGUUACACAAGGUUUAGACCUACAGUUACAAGAACCCUUUUUACUCUAUAGAAACUCCAGAUGCAACAUUUAUGGCAUUUGGUUUUAUGAUAAAGAGGAAUGUGUACGUAUCGGUGCAAUGUUGAACAAGCUUGUUAAAGAUUCAGAGGAGAGCCGUAAGGCUAGUAAUAAAUCUGCUGUUAAUGUGAAAAAGAGUUCUGGACCUACUGUGAACAAUGUUGAUAUAUUUAGUAUGCUCAGUAAAGCUCAAGAAGAUUUUAAUACUAAUAGAAGUAGCACUGCCAGUGGGGCAGGUACGGGGGAAGUACUUAGUUCAAAAUCCCCCUUGGUCACGCCUACAACAGAAAACAUGUCUGGUCCUCUUGCUGCUCCAUUGGGGCCAGAUGUUACAUCGCAGAGUGUAAUGGACUUUUUUGCAAAGGCAAAAGUUAGUACUCCCAUCAGACUUGAUCAGGUUAAUACUGGACAUUUUAAGGCUGGAGAUCAACCUACUCCAGGUGGUACUGUUGCGAGUGAAAGCAAACCUUUACUUGCACGCUUAAUGUCUCAUCCAGCUGCUCACACUGUGGAACACAUUGAAAAGCAACAUAGAUCUAUUACCCCGCAACCGACUAGUACUCAACAGCAAUCUCAGGCAACUCCUCCAGCUAGAAUAAUAGUGAACAGUGCCAGCAGUGUUUCUGCUACAAACAGAUCUAAGCGACGAAGUAAGUCUGGUACUCAACAGGAUUCGAUGAUAUCCACAGCUACUUCUAUGAGUCAGGAUGCAACACCGUCCGCGAAUCAGAAUACCUCCGAUACAAAUGGUACGACAGGAUUCCUUAGGAUACAGUCACCGACAAACGCAUCGUCCUCGAACUCAACAAAUCAUCAGGCCUCAGACGUUGUUGGCUCUAGUAAUUCGAAUCCCCUAGCAUCUUUGUUCUUCGGUCAUGCAUCUGCAUCAACGGCAUCGGAUGAUAUCGUUCCGGCAGCACCUGCUAUGUCGGGAAGAGGAUCGGCGCCAGCAUUAAUACCCCCUGUUAUGUUCGCCGCACCUAGUCCGCCCGAAACUCUAGCGCGACCAUUAGAACCAUUGACGAGGAACCAGCUUCUUCAAGCUUUUAACUAUCUAUUGAGAAGCGAUCCAGAUUUUAUCAACAAACUUCACGAAGCUUAUGUCAAAUCGUUCGGCGAAAUUCUGUCCUAAGGCUUACGAAUUGUUAACGUGACGUAAAUGUGAACCCGUCAUGCGGGUUGUGACGGUCGACUGAUUAAAAACGAUCGAGCGAAAAAAAAAACAAAGGAGCCCAGUAUCCCUAUGCUAUAACAUGUACAUAGACGGUACCGUAAUUUCGUGCUCGAUUUUUCGAUUGACAAUUGACUGGUUGCCCACUUUUCGUUGGGGGAGAGAACAGAGGAUAGAUUUAAAAGGAGAUACAUACCUUAAACAGUAUUUUUAUAAAUUAAUACCAUUUUUCUCCCGGGGAAAAGUUACGGAAUGGGCCGCGACAAUGCGUUAACAAGGUAUGAGCCGUGUAACAAAAAAAAAGAGAAACAAAACAAAUAUUGCAACAAAAAAGAAAAGAAACGACGGACAAAGAAUGUGGAAAUUGUACGAUUUUAAACUGUGAUGCCAAAACAUUUAUAUUACGCUAGCGUUUUAUGGUUACUACUAUUUUGGAGACAGAGCGAGAGACAAAUUUUUCUGAGCCGAUCAAAUGGAAUACCUAUUUUACAGAGUAAUGACAUACCCCCUCCUAUAUACCGGGUAUUCGAUAUGGUAUGUGUAUGUAAUUGAUAAACUAAAAAAAAAAAGAAGCAAAUAAACAGA